UAUGUGCUUAUAUACCCUGUGAGUUGCACCAACCUUCUAAUCUCUCUCUUUGACCUCAUGGAUGCUUUUGCAGUUGGUGCUACAACAAUAGCACUGCUUGUGCUUUCUGUUCUGUAUCAACCAGUUCAUGGAGGGCUUGUAGGAAGUGAUAUCAACGGCUGUGAUGUUUCUCAUGGCAAUUGGGUUUUUGAUGAUUCAUAUCCUUUUUAUGCCGCGCCUAGCUGUCCCUUCAUCGAAAACGAGUUUGAUUGCAUAAAGAACGGCCGCCCGGACAAAGACUAUCUCAAAUAUAGAUGGCAGCCCUCUGCCUGCAACUUACCAAAAUUCGAUGGCAGUCGAAUUUUGACGGAAUUUAGAGGGAAAAGCAUCAUGUUCAUUGGGGACUCGUUGAGCUUGAACCAAUGGCAGUCACUUACUUGCAUGCUUCAUACAGCUGUUCCAAAGGCCAAAUACACACUGGUCAGGACUGGAGGGCUCUCCACAUUCACGUUUCCGGAAUACAAUCUUAAAGUGUUGUUCUCCCGCAAUGCCUUUAUUGUGGAUAUCGUAGCCUCACCUGGUGCCCGAGUCCUCAAGCUUGACUCAAUCUCAACUCAGGAUGAGGAACUGUGGUUGGGAAUCGAGGUAUUGAUCUUCAACACGUGGCAUUGGUGGCUUCACACCGGAAGAAAGCAACCAUGGGAUUUGAUUCAAGUGGGGAAACAAACUUACACGGACAUGAAUCGCUUGGUUGCAUAUGAGAAGGCAUUGAACACUUGGGCUAGUUGGGUAAAUUCCAAUGUGGAUCCCAACAAAACCAAGGUCUUCUUCCAAGGUGUUUCUCCAGAUCACAGCAAUGCAACAGAGUGGAGUGAUCCUAAGGCAAUAAACUGCAAUGCCCAAUCAAAACCACUUCCAGGUCCAGAUUAUCCAGGAAAAGCACAUCCAGCAGAGGAAGUAGUAGAGAAAUUGUUACGUAGCAUGUCAAAGCCAGUCCAUUUGCUGGAUGUUACAACUCUUUCACAACUUAGAAAAGAUGGGCACCCAUCUGUCUACGGCCUUGGCGGGCACCGGGGCAUGGACUGCAGUCAUUGGUGUUUAGCUGGAGUUCCUGAUACUUGGAAUGUUCUUCUUUAUGCAGCUCUUACUCAAAAUUAGGCAUUC